UUGCAUUUCUAGCCGGCAUGCAUAAAGCAGGAAGCAGCGCGCCAUGCUAUGUAGGAUAGCGCUAGGCUCUCCCAGCGUUGGACAAAUGAGGAGACUGAGGCUGAGGAGGUCCGGGAGGCUCUGGAUUCAGACUCAGUGUCUCCUGAUUCCAAGCCUGUGCGCGGUGUGUCUGGGGCGGAGGGCCGGGGGCAGAGCAGAGCAGAGGAAAAGAAGCUCGGCUGCUCUUUGUGGGUGUGUAUUCUGCCUUCCGCUCCUUUUCCUGUUGGGGCCAACACCAAUGAGUGAUGGGGCCCGUCACGUGGCCCUGCCUCUGACAGCUCCGAGGUGGAGGGGGGAGCCGAUGUGGUCCCGUCGGCGGCCAGACGUCAGGACGGAGGCCUGGGAUCUGGGAGCCCCCUGAGCCGGGCGCCACCUCGGGCUCCUCGGCCGCUCCCCGGAGGCUCCCCGCUGCCGGCGGAGGCGGCCCAUCAUGUUCUCCAAGAAGAAGCGGGAGCUGAUGAAAACCCCGUCCAUUUCCAAAAAGAGCCGGGCGGGAAGCCCCAGCCCGCAGGCCCCCUCGGAGCUGCCCAGGAAGGAUGCUGCAGAGGCAUCGCCUCAUACGGCUGGCCUGGGUCUAGAGUCGUCUCCUAGCGGGACCAAACUGGGCUCGGGUGCCGUGGGCACUCUCAAGCGCCCAACUAGCCUGAGCCGCCACGCCAGCGCCGCUGGCUUCCCCCUCUCGGCCCCGGGCACCUGGACCCUGGGGCGGGGUCACAAGAGCUCCACCAACAGCCCCGUGGAAGGCAGCGACGGGCUCUUCGUGGACGUCGAGGACAUCGCCCAGCUGCUGGCCCACGUGGCCCGGUUUGCCGAGACCUUGGAGAAGCUCAAAGACACAAUCCUGAGAGACGAGCAACUGGAUGCUCGGCGCCCGUUGGCCCACGAGUGCCUGGGCGAAGUCCUCAGGGUCCUCCGACAGGUCAUCGGCAAGUACCCCCUGCUCAACACUCUAGAGAUCCUCACGGCCGCGGGGACGCUCAUCUCUAAAGUCAAAGGGUUCCAUUAUGAGACCAACAAUGAGUCUGAUAAGUGGGAGUUGGAGAAGGCUUUGGAGACAAUUGCUGUGUCCUUCAGCAGCACUGUGUCCGAAUUCCUCAUGGGUGAAGUGGACAUCAGUACUCUCCUCUCUAUGCCUCCCGGUGACCAGAACCAGUCCAUGGAAAACCUCUACGGGGGCCUCCCAGGGCAGUGUACAGACGGCACGUCCCCCGGCACAGAGCCUUACGGCUCCCUGCUGGCCGAGGACGUGGACGUGGUCCUGCAGCGCUGUGAGGGGGGUGUGGAUGUGGCCUUGCAGUAUGCCAAGAACAUCUCCAAGUACAUGAAAGAUCUCAUCUAUUACCUGGAGAAGAGGACAAUGCUGGAGAUGGAGUUUGCCAAAGGUCUGCAGAAGAUAGUCAACAGCUGCAAACAGACAAUCACCCAGGAGCCCCACAUGCCUUUCCUGUCCAUCUAUUCCCUGGCCCUAGAACAGGACAUGGAGUUUAGCCAUGGGAUGCUGCAAGUGGUGGCUACUCUGCAGAACCAGACCUUUAUGCAGCCCCUGACUCUGAGGCGUCUAGAGCACGAAAAGAAGAGGAAGGAAAUCAAAGACCAGUGGCAUCGGGCACAGAGGAAGCUGCAAGAAGCAGAGACCAACCUUCGAAAGGCAAAGCAGACGUACAUGCAGCGCUGCGAGGAGCAUGAGAAGGCCCAGUACCUGACUGUCAAGGCCGAGGAGGAGCAGAGCGGCAGUGGCGGGGCUGGCACAGGUGGUGGGGCGAGCACUGCUGCCACGAAGGCCCUAGACAAAAAGAGGCGGUCGGAGGAAGAGGCCAAGAAUAAGGCAGAGGAGGCCAUGGCCACGUACCGCACCUGCAUUGCCGAUGCCAAAACGCAGAAGCAGGAGCUGGAGGAUGUGAAGGUGAACGCUUUACGCCAGAUCCAGGAGGUCAUAAAGCAGAGUGACCAGAUUAUCAAGUCGGCCACCAUCUCCUACUACCAGACCAUGCACAUGCAGACGGCCCCGCUCCCCGUCUACUUCCAGACCAUGUGUGAGAGCAGCAAGCUCUAUGACCCGGGGCAGCAGUACGCCUCCCACGUGCGGCAGCUGCAGCGGGAUGUGGAGCCGGACACUCACUACGACUUCGAGCCCUACGUGUCCCACAACACCUGGUCACCCUUAGUCCGGGCGAGGAAGUCCAGCUUUGGCGCCAGUGAUGCCAGUGGAGGGACAGAGGGUGCUGGGCCUCACCGUGAGGGAGGAGGCCCCGAUGGAGGGGCUAUGCCCAAGGACCAUCGAGGCAGUCGGGGCCACCAGGUCCAUAAAUCAUGGCCCAUCUCUGUGACAGAUUCUGAUAGCAGCUCGGACCCCAGUGCCACGGGUGCAGCAGGAGACUUCCAGAAGAUGGAGCGCACCUCAUCCAGUGGCACCAUGUCAUCCAAUGAGGAGCUGACUGAAAAGGAGGGCCCCUCAUCCACGUUGGAGCAGACAGACCUCAAUGGCAUCUCCCCCGAGCUCCCGGUACCCACCGGCCCCUUCCGGAACGUGGGGCUCUCCAAGGCCGCCCAGACACACCGACUCCGCAAGCUGCGCACUCCGUCCAAGUGCCGCGAAUGCAACAGCUACGUCUACUUCCAGGGAGCUGAGUGCGAGGAGUGCUGCCUGGCGUGCCACAAGAAGUGCCUGGAGACUCUGGCCAUCCAGUGCGGCCACAAGAAGCUUCAGGGCAAACUCCAGCUGUUCGGCCAAGACUUCCAGAAGGCAGCGCUGGGUACUGCGGACGGUGUCCCCUUCAUCAUCAAGAAAUGCCUAUCCGAGAUCGAGAGGCGGGCGCUGCGGACCAAGGGCAUCUAUCGAGUCAAUGGGGUGAAGACCCGAGUGGAGAAGCUCUGCCAGGCCUUUGAGAAUGGCAAAGAACUGGUGGAGCUGUCGCAGGCCUCCCCCCACGACAUCAGCAACGUCCUGAAGCUCUACCUCCGCCAGCUGCCCGAGCCCAUCAUCUCAUUCCGCCUUUAUCACGAGCUCAUGGGGCUGGCCAAGGAGAGCCUGCAGGCUGAGGCCGAAGCCAAGGCGACCCGGGGCCGAGGGGACGGCGGCAAAGACAAGGAGCGGGACGCCGAGGCCAUGGCCGGCAGGCUGCGGGACCUGCUGAAGGAGCUGCCCCAGGAGAACAGGGCCACGCUGCAGUACCUCAUCCGGCACCUUCGGAGGAUUGUGGAGGUGGAACAGGACAACAAGAUGACUCCGGGCAACCUGGGCAUCGUCUUUGGGCCGACUCUCCUCCGCCCGCGGCCCACCGAGGCCACCGUGUCUCUCUCCUCCCUGGUGGAUUACCCGCACCAGGCCCGAAUCGUGGAGACCCUCAUCUCCUUCUACCACAUCAUCUUCGAGAUCCCAGCGGGGGACCUGCAGGAAGAGAGCCCCAGCAACGAGGAUGGACCGCGUUCCCAGCAUCCUAGUGGGGAGGUGCCAUUCUUGGAGGUGAGUGAAGAUGCAGCUGACCUGGAUUUCCCAGCGGAUGCAUAUGGAGAAUCCAUUAACCGUUCCAACGACUCCGACUCGGAACUAGAAGACAGCCCCGACCUGCAGGCGUCCGAUGGUGCCAGUGCCCUGCGCCGCCUCAGCCUCUUGAUGAAGCAGGAGUGUGAGACGAGCGCCGAGGAAGGGUCUCCGAGCUACAGUGGGAGUGCAGAGCAGCUGGCCCCAGGCAGAGGGGCACAGAGCGAGGGGGAUGGCGAGCAGCUCCCGCCCCUCUCUUCUUAUAACACCAACCAGUCCAAUAACAUCCUCCGGGGCUGGCAGCUGCCCACGGUCCGGCUCCGUGCCGGGAAGAUCGCCAUGGGCACCCACAGGGAAAGGCGGCCAGAGUUUGUGUGAACGGAAGCUGUCAGCGGAGAAUCUGGGAAAAGUCGGGGACCCGUUUGAGACAUAAAAACAGAUGAGGGAGAAGCCUGGUUGGGUGAGACCUGGGAAAAAUAACCCCGAGUUCUGCAGCUGGUCCUGGGCAGACAGGGCCGAGCCAAGAUGUUCUGCAGAGCUCUGAACUGUCACUUUCCCCUGGGCCUCGCCAUGGGAGCUCCAGGGUGUUUUUUCCACCUUCUUUUCUCCAUGGAUCUGGAAGGAACUUCACGCUGGGAUUCCUGCUGGCGUGGUCACAGGGGAGGGCCGGGACUGUACUUCAAAAUGGGCGGGGCUCUUGGUGUGGAGAGGCAAGGGACCACGGGGAAAUGGAGGUGGUGUGGUGCUCCCCCUGAGCCAUCUUGGGUCCAGCGCCCCCAGCGGCCCAAACGCCGUGCCUUCAGUAUGGUAGAAGAGGCGUCGAAUAGGCAGCUUCCUUCUCCUUGGAUGUAGGUUGGGCUCUAACCAGGCCCCUAGCGGGUGGGCUCGAGCCUUUGGAAAAGGCAGCUUCAGGUUCCUGGUCUGCCUGGGAGCCGGCCUUAAGCUUUGCAAAUUAAAUGAUUUUGAAAUCCAGAAGUGAGCUCCUUCACAUGCACAAGUCAGACUGGAUCCAUCCUGCUUUGUCCCUUCAUCCCAAGGCGGUGGUCCCGGCUGGAGUUCCUGCCCGCAGUGUGCACUUGGGCAGAUCCUGAGUCUGGGCCUACCGCAAAGAGGAGCCCCAAUAGAGGCCUUGCCCAGACCCAGAUAGGAGUGUCACAGGAAUGCUGGCCAGGCUGCUAACUCCCUCCAGCUGACCCUUACCCCCCCCCCCCCCCAUUCAUACAGCAGCUGACCAAGUUGCUUCUGCCUGUGCUGGAAGUAACCACAGUCAGUGUAUAUAUACAGAUACUGUAAACCUUAACAUUUCUUAGACUUAUAAAUGUUGGAAAUUUCACCAUUGGGAAAUUUCAUACUUGAAAAAUUUCCUACUGAUAGUGUAUUGGAAUGGGAACCCCAUUGGCAUGAGAGUUUCCCCCUCCUCCCUACUUAAGAUUACUUUAGGACAGAAACCUUUUGCUGAACAAUGGAAAGGGCUUUGACCUAUGCUGAAGCAUAGAACAGGAAGUUCUUUGAGUCAUGAUUGAUUUUUGAAUUGAUACAAUAGAGAUACUUGGAAUCAAUUUCCCCCCUACUCAGUCCUAACAGGAUUGAGGAAGGGCUGCAGCAUAGAUCAAAAUUUAAUUAUUUGAGGAUAUGACCUUCAACAGACAUGUGCAAAGCCACAGACCUCUGGGCGGUCCUGGGUUAAGCUAGAGCCACCAUUGGCACAGGAAAGACAUGGACAGUGAUUGGUAGAUGUGAGAACUGAGGGGAGGGAACUUGGAUGGUUUGCUUAAAGAGAGAGGGGUCUGAGGACUGAGGGGUGGCUGGAGAGUUUUGGCUGAGAAGCUUGCUCUGAAGGAAGCUGGAGGUGGAGGCCCCUGAGACUGUUUCUCCAUUUUGGUCACGUGAGUGAUAGGGACUGAUCUCUUUUCUUUGCCUCAGCUAUCUAAGGGCUUGGGCCUUUUGGCCCAGCCUAAACAGAGGGGCUAUUUCAGCCCUAUUCCCUUCUCUCCCCUUUCUCUCUCCCUCUCUCUCUCUAUCUCUAAUACCUUUCUUCCUCCUGUUUGUAAUUAAACUCUAUAAAAGGUUGA